CAGUCGUCACCAACUGUCAUGGCGUCUCCCUUGAAGGGGGAUUGGUCCCGGAGAAGCUAGCCGCUGCCAUUUAUCCCUUUUCUUCGUUGUGCACAGCGACUAAACGCCGAGAAAGGAGUGUUUUAAGACGGAGAGGUUACCAUGGGGUCUGUCCACGCCAAGAGUCUGGAUCCCCUCCCGAUGCACGGCCGUGACCUCGGCGUCAACCCGGACGACGUGAUCGAGGCUCCGGAGCCCGAGCAUGAGGCCAAGCAGGAGAUCCUCGAAAACAAAGAUGUGGUGGUGCAGCACGUCAACAUCCAGGGUCUGGGACGAACCAAAGAGGAUCUGCUCGGAUACGAGAUCUCGGAGGUCUUCCUCGCCAAAAACCUCAUUGACGUCAUGAAGAAAGCUCACCUGGCCAGACAGAAGCUGCUGCGCCUGGGAAUCUUCAAAGACGUGGAGGUGCUCAUCGACACGUCCGAAGGUGCAGACGCCUUACCCAACGGUUUGGACGUCACUUUCGAGGUGACGGAGGUGAAGAGGCUGACGGGAAGUUACAACACCAUGGUUGGCAACAAUGAAGGGAGCAUGGUGCUCGGUCUGAAGCUGCCCAACAUGUUUGGCCGUGCUGAGAAACUCACCUUCCAGUUCUCGUACGGGACCAAGGAGACCUCCUACGGCCUGUCCUUCUUCAAGCCCCAGCCCGGACACUUUGAGCGCAACCUCACCCUCAACAUGUACAAAGUGACCGGGCAGUUCCCCUGGAGCUCCCUGAAAGAGACCGACAGAGGGAUGUCAGCAGAGCUAAAUUUUCCCCUCGGCAUCACCAACCACACACUGAAGUGGGAGGGCGUGUGGAGGGAGCUCGGCUGCCUGGCGCGCAGUGCCUCCUUCGCAGUGCGAGAAGAGAGCGGACACUCGCUGAAAUCUGCCCUCUCGCACACCGUGUCAGUCGAUUCGAGGAAUUCUGCCAUCUUCCCCAGCAGAGGUGCCUUACUGAGGGUCAACCAGGAGCUGGCUGGCUACACGGGAGGAGAUGCCAGCUUCCUGAAAGAGGAUUUUGAGCUGCAGAUGAACAGGCGGCUCUUCUGGGACUCCGUGUUGUCUGCAUCUCUGUGGGGUGGGAUGCUGUAUCCCCUCGGAGGACAGCCGUCCUGCAUCGCUGACAGAUUCUACCUUGGCGGUCCCACCAGUGUGCGAGGAUUUGGGAUGUACAGCAUCGGGCCACAGAGUGAAGGAGACUAUCUUGGCGGCGAGGCGUACUGGGCAGGCGGUCUUCACCUCUACACCCCGCUGCCCUUCCGACCAGGCAAGGGCGGCUUCGGAGACCUUUUCCGAACACACUUCUUCCUCAACGCUGGAAACCUCUGCAAUCUCAACUACGGUGACGGACCGCGUGCACAUCUCCAGAAGCUCGCAGAGUGCAUUCGCUGGUCGUACGGAGCCGGCAUCGUGCUGCGGCUCGGCAACAUCGCCAGACUGGAGCUCAACUACUGUGUUCCCAUGGGAGUUCAGAGCGGAGACAGAAUAUGUGACGGCGUGCAGUUUGGAGCUGGGAUUCGCUUCCUGUGACCUCAUCACUCCGCUGCCGUCGGCGCUGCGGCAGAGGCCGUGAAGUGAAAAGGGAGAGAGAAGGAGAGAGUUUUUGUCAUUUUGUCACCUGUAACCUGUUGUAGAGUGUAACACUAGGCAUGGGUCCCACCAGAAUGCUUUGUCCCGGGGAAACGUGACCGUCCCCCUCCCCCCUCCUUUGAUAUGUACCAGUGAUUUCACCCACUUUGUACCUAAGGGCAACACAAUGUAAUUAUUUUUUUUUCUGGGAGUAUGAAAAGAGAUUCGGGCAUAAUCCGCAGCUGCCUUUCGAGACUGGAAGUUUUGUUUGAGGGUUAAACCUGCACCACGCACUCUCCUGACCCGACCUGACCUGUUUCCUGUUCAGCUGCACUGUGUAAAGCGAGCGAGUGCAAUCGCAAGGGAGGAGCGAACCGUGAGAAACCAGCACUUUUUAAACCGAUGUAACUGAAAACGGGAGGGAAUGCUCUCUGUGUGCGACGGGAAUCGACCCUCAUGCCAAAGCGGUUCGUUCGGACGUGUGAUGUGAUGUGAUGUGACGUGAGGAGCGGAGGAUUGAUGUUAUGUCGCCUGCUGACCCGGCAGCAGAGGUGGAAACCACUGAGCAAGACCCACCACCAGUGCUCUUACUGUUCGUCCUCUUUUUGACGUUGUUAAGAUAUUCUGUUGUGCACAUAAAUAAAUCACAGCUGGUCCCCUGUU